CCGUCGCCGUUACGCUGCUUUCCGUGGCUGCAAGAUGGCGGCGCAACACCCGGACCCUGAGGGUGCUACGCCGGUGGCAGGGCCAGCAGCGGCGGCCGACCCCCUCGGCCGCUUCACGUGUCCCGUGUGCUUAGAGGUGUACGAGAAGCCGGUGCGGGUGCUCUGCGGACACGUCUUUUGCUCUGCAUGCCUGCAGGAAUGUCUGAAGCCGAAGAAGCCUGUCUGUGGCGUGUGCCGCAGCCCUCUGGCGCCGGGCGAGCGAGCCACGGAGCUCGAGCGGCAGAUUGAGAGCACAGAGACUUCUUGCCAUGGCUGCCGUAAAAAUUUCUUCCUAUCCAAGAUCCGGGCCCACGUGGCUACCUGCUCCAAAUACCAGAGUUACAUCAUGGAAGGUGUGAAGGCCACCACCAAGGACGCAUCCCUUCAGCCCAGGAACGUCCCAAACCGCUACACCUUUCCUUGCCCUUACUGUCCCGAGAAGAACUUCGAUCAGGAAGGACUUGUGGAGCACUGCAAGUCCUCCCAUAGCACGGACACCAAGUCUGUGGUUUGUCCCAUCUGUGCCUCGAUGCCCUGGGGAGACCCCAACUACCGCAGUGCCAACUUCAUCGAGCACAUCCAGCGGCGGCACCAGUUUUCUUACGACACUUUUGUGGAUUACGACGUGGAUGAAGAGGACAUGAUAAACCAGGUGCUGCAGCGCUCCAUCAUCGACCAGUGAGCAGAGCCUCUGCCGGCCGUCCCGCGUUCCAGAGCUUCCGUUCCGUGUUACGUGUGAAACGAUAAAUGUCCAGCAGACCUGGAGGUGGGCCCUGGCGUUAGGACGGGGCCGCUUCUAACAGGGAAGCAGGGCUCCAGUUCACAGUCCUCCUUUCCUUGGGGCUCCCCCCUGCUGUCAGCCCCAUUUGCCGCGUGUCUGUCACUGCUCCUCACCUACUUCCGGUGCCCCGGCUCCCGGAAGAGAGCCCCGCCCACUUCCCCACCUGUCCCGUCUCACGCCCGUUCCUCUCACCCAGCGCUCACCUCUCAGGUCCUCCGAGCCAGCCGGACCUUUCGUGGGUCAUGAAUAGCACAAAUGAGACGAGCGUCUCGCCCCCUGGGCCCCGAGGGGUGUGGGCUCUGGCCGCAGCGCCUCCAGCCAGUGGCGGCCCCUCUGCGCCGAGGGAGUUCCCGCUGGCCGCAGCUGCCGGGAGCUGGGGUUCCCUCCCAGCCCUCCUUUCCACAGUCCCGCUGGGGGGAUGCCCUGGGUCCGCGUGGUCUGACGCCGGAAGUUUUGAUUGGCGACACUUCCCUGCCACUCCUGCGCACCCUCAGGGUGGACUGGUUCGGUCUGCAAUGCCUGCAUUGUGCCUUUUCAGGGUGCGGCGCGACCGCGUGUUCUCCGUAGAAGUAAGCGUGUCUAGGUUAGAAACUUAGGUUCAACUCCAUGUCUCCACACGAGGGGAAGAGGGUCAGCCAAGAGAGACAGAAAGACCGUAGCUUUUUCCUCACGAUUUUCAAACUAAUGAAGUAUUUUCAAAUGACUGGGUCGAGUUUACCUUUCUGCUUGGGAGCCUGCUCACAUCCGCGCCCUCGGGGCGCAGAACGGAGUCUUCACACGAGUGAGGGGGAGUGAGGGGGAGGGGGUUCGGGGGCCAGGAGGGCGCCCGCUCUCCUGUCCCGGGUUGGUCACCUUAGGUCACACCGAGCACGGCUUUUCUCGCAGAGGGACCCCUGUAGGGCCCCCACGGGACACGGCCAGAGGCACGGCCUCCCCUGCGGGCAGUUGUUAGUGGGAACCGUCUCCUGGAAACGCCCUUUGGCAGCGGCUCGAGAAGCUGGAAGUCCAUCCUGUGCUGCAAUAGGAGUGACCGCCGGGCCGGGCUGGCCGGCAGGUCCACAGGAGCAGAGCCUCUCCGGUCGCCCAGGGGCCUCUGGGCUUAGGUUUGCUUCUGCGCAUCCGACCUCUCUAGUCUGGUAGGGGAGUUUCCUCUGGCCAGCGCUUUGGGCCUGCGCAUGCGAACUGCGGGUGCCCAGUGACCGGCAGAGAGGGGGCCUUGGGGACAAAGUAAUUUUUCCUGAUUGCUCUUUCUUGGGAGGGCCCAGAUGCAAAGGUUGGCUCCCUCACCGUCGUUUUUGAGGCGUUCGUUCACUCCGACCUCCCUGAACUGGGGUCAUUGUGGUGUAAGCUCAGAGGGGAUUGAGCAGAACCUUCAUUUGCGGGAACUGAAAGCGUGUGUCUGUCUCACUGGUGGUGCCAGGAAACUGAGUUCCCUGUAUUAAGUGCACUUCAUGUAUUUCUAAUAAGAUGACUUUCCAGAAAGUGAAAUUUGUUAUGUUCUGGCUUUUAAAAGGUGAAAUAUAAAUAAAUUUCAUAAUUUAUCCAACUGG